AUAAAAAAGACGCGGUUUGGCGAGGGACGACACCACAUGGCUGUGGCCGGGGCACUGAAUAAUCCCUCCAAUCAAAAGGGCACUGCCAACUGUUGACCCUUCUCUUUUCCCUCUGCAAUUCUCUCUCUCCAAGGUCGAUCAUUCUCAAGUUCUGUGAAUCGGAAGAAUCAUGAUAUACGUCGGCGGGGUUCCAUUUUCCACCGACUCAAAAUCGCCGCCUCAGGGAAGUGACAUGCUGUUUGCUUUGAUGGAGCAUCCAAUUCUGAGGUCUGCCUCAAGUUCAUUCAAUGAUAUCCCAGAGAGAAAUUUAACAAUUUCCGAAGAAUCUGGUUCUGGGAGAUCAAGAAGAAGUAAAUGUGUUUAUGUUUCCCAAAGAGAAUAUGCGACUGUUGACCCCGCGCUUGUGGAUUUAGUCGGCACUGAUGAAGCAACAACCUGUAUUGGCCUUGCCAUUCGGAACCGCACAAGUGGAAUGAUCUCUGUUGGCCACAUGGAUUCGCCAAAUAUUGUUGAUAUUGGUCUCACCCAAAUGCUAACCUUAGUUGCCGAUCGAAAUUCUACUGCCGAGUUGGAUGUGCAUCUAAUUGGCGGUUUUGAUGAUGUCACACCUCAACAUGCCAGCAUUGGUACUAGACCAGAAAGCAAGGAAAAAAUGGAAGGCUAUUCCUUUCCCUUAUGUGCGAAGAUAGUUGAAGCUUUGCAAAGGAGCAGGGAAAGGUUUCACCUAAACACGUUCCAUGUUCUUUGGCACAAUACCAGAUGGGAUUCUCAAGGAAAUGCAUGCCCUGUAUUCCAUGGGUUCCUGGUAGAAACUUCUACUGGAUCACUAGUUCCCACCGCCUUUGAUAGAACUUCAAGAUGCCCAGAUGAAAUUGUGAGGAGAGUCCGAUUAACUGCGUGUUCUGAGAACCACAGAUGGAAUGGCAAGUUAAUGGAGACAUAUGAUACUCAGACUGACCGAUUCAUUAUUGCUCCAUUCUCUUGGACCAAACACCUACUAUAUUUUGCGUCGAUGGUGCGACAACUGUCUGAUUCAGAAAUUCUCAGUUCAUGUUCUACCUCACCUUUUUCUGAGGUCCCAGAUUUUGUGGAUAACGAAAGAAGGCUGUGUGAUUACUUGAUUCGACACCCAGACUGGAGGGAGACAUUUCCCAUGAAUCAACCUCGUAUUUUUGAGAGGACUGCCAAUGGAACUUGGAGAAGGCAAGGGGUGAAAUUGUCUCCAGAUUGAACUUUAUUUUCUGAUGUAUUUAUCCCAUUUGACUAGUGACUUUUCCCCAUAUGAUGCCAAUACUGGGGCUAAGAGCAUCUCCAACCCAACAUCCUUUAUUGCUCCAUUUGAGAGGAUGAAAUUAAUAUUUUUCAAUCAAAAAGUGGUUAUAAAGUUCACUAUUCAUACAAACUUCAAUCACAUUGAGAGAGAUUUUGUAAUUUAUUUUCUUUUUUCUUUACUUUUUUGUACUUUUUGGGAGAAUCUUUUAGGGACCCAUCGCCUUUUUAGAGUUUGGAGAGAUUUUGUACUCCAAAUUUACUUUUGGUCUUCUAUUUUUAAAGGACCAAACUCUAAAUUGGACAGUGCGUCUUUCUAAUAUUCUUCCAAAAAGUACAAAAAGUGAAGAAAAAAAAGAAUAAAUUACAAAAUCUCCCCUCCAUGUGUCACAUCCAUCCUCUAUUUUGGAGUAAUAGAGGUGGAUUGGAGAUGUUGGAGUAUCAAAUUUUAUCAUCCAAAAUAAAAGAUGGGUUGGAGUGGAGAUUUCCUCCAAAAUAGAGAAAUAGAGGACGAAAUGGAGGAAUAGAUGAUGAGUUGGAGAUGCUCUAAAGGCACUUUUAUGUUUCCUCGUUUCUUUGCACUGUUAGCGAAUUCAUGCCAGAACAGUUCAUGUCAACUUUUGUUGUUUUAAACCAUUAGUGAUGCAAUUGUGGAUGAUAUAAGCUGUGUACAUGAUUUGAUUACAUUCAGCGGAAAGCUUAUUCA